GUCUAGGAAGGUAAGUCCUAUUCAGGGGUACAUUUUCUAAAUUCUCCCAUUAUCAACUUAUAAAAUUAGAACCUUUCAGCUGAAUGUUCUAUCUACACCCGUCUUCCUUUUGGAGUACGAAGUGAAUGAAAAGACGGCGAUUUUCCACAUAUGACGGCCACUCAGCAUCAUCACACAGCGUUUGCAAGCACUUGUGUGAGACGGAGACAUGGUGAAGUGCUUCUUAAUCCAUACCUUGUGCCCUGUGAGCACACUGUCCGCCAAAGAGAGCAGAAUCCUGUACUGUCGUGUUUUUGAGCCAACGAACCGGUUAUCGGGAAUGAACACAGACGUAAUUCCGGAAGAGAGACGCCUAUUAGAAAAAGAGAAGUUGGCUACGAUAGCAAGGCAGGUACAGAGCACAUGUAGCCUCUGCAGGGAGGCAAGGGGACAGCCCUCUGCAGAGCCGGUGCUGGGAGAAGAGGCCAGGGUGCUUGAGGAAGCGGACAGCGGGAUGUUGCGCCUGCCAGUAGGGGAUCCCUUUCCAGAGGAGCAUUUCUUGCUGUGGUUGGGCGUCAGUGCACUGGGCUUCUCUAUGGUAUGCCACGCUGAUGAGAACCUGCUGCUUGCAGAGGGGGCCUUACGGAGCCUGGCCUCCCAUUGUCUGGAGAGUCUGCGGCUUUUGGCGCCAGGCAGUGAGGUGCUGCUGAAGAGUGACCGCGUCGAAGCACUGCUGCAUCACCUGGUUCCUCAUGGACAGCUGCUCUUCAUUAACCACCGCUUCGCACAGAGCCUCGACAAGGAGCUGACGGCCUGCUUGGCUAAAUAAAGGAUAUUACCACGGUGCGCAUAAGAAAGCAGAGGAUCAAUCAGUGUUUUUUUCCAAAAGACACCUUGACUUACCCUUAAUUUUUGUGAUGAAGUAGCAAACUAAGGCAUACUGGAAAAUCAUGUGACUCAGUGGGUUAAGUCUCUGCCUGUGAUUGGAAGAUUGACACUUCAGUAAUCACAUGUCAGUGGGCCCUUGAGCCAGACCCUUAUCCCUCAGUUCCCUGAGCACCACAAGGGGGCUGCCCCUUUGUUGUGACCCCCCAAGUUUGCAGUCCCCUCUAUGGAGGGCAGGAUGGGGCAAAGCAGAAAGAGAAUGUACAGGAAUGUUGGUGCAUAUGAGUCUAUGCAAGUAUAUGGCAGCAAUAUACUUUCAUGGAUAAAUUUUAUAUGAAGUGUUUACAGUCCAAGAGCAAAGUGAGUAACCUACUGUAUGAGAUAAGUAUGACCUAAUUUUAAAUGAUGCAAUAAAUAGUGACUGCUGCAAUAUGUAUUAUGAAUGAAAGUUAGAUUUAUAUGGCACUCUUCAAGACACCUAAAGUGCUUUUCAGAGCCAAUUGGGGGUCGCUUUAACCACCACUGUGUAACACCCACCUGGAUGAUGCUACAGCAGCCAUUCUGCACCAGUACACUCACCACACAGUCACUCAGGUGGUGAAGGGGCAGGAGAGAAUUCACCAAUUAGAUACAGGGGAUGAAUAGGAGGCCAGAUUUGACAGGACCAUACUGGGCAAUUUUAACCAGGACAUCAGGGAACUGCCCCUAUUCUUUCAUAAGAUACCCAAGGAUUUUUUUUAUGACCUCGGUUUUACCUCUCAUCUGAAGGGCAGCACCAUUUCUAUCACCAUUUUUAGAGCACAGUGUCCCCCAUUACUGCACUGGGGCCCUAGGAUCUACACAGGCCACACCAGCAGCUCUUCUAGCAGCAGCCCAGCUUUCCUAGUUGGUUACCCAUCCAAGUACUGGCCAGGCAUCAUCCUGCUUAGCUGCAGAUCGAAUGGCUCCUGGCUGGUUAUGAGAACCAAUCGGUUGCCUUGUUCAGCAUGCUGGUGAGUUUUGUAGAAGCUGAGCCUCAUCCUGGUAGUGUAAGCUUUGAUGCUCUUGUAGUGCCUUCUGGAGGCCAGAGGGUUGCAGAGAUGUUGACUGGGGUAUGUGGGUUUGGUGAAGAUGGUGGUUGCUCUGCUGGGAUGCCUGUUGCUGUAAAUGCUCUUCAUUGGGGGUAGUGGAACACCGAUGAUUCUCUGAGCACUGCUGACAACACUUUGGGGGGCUUUUCUCUGUACAUUCGUGCAGCACCUAUACCAUGUUGAGAUGCAGCGGGUAGGCAUGCUCUUGGUGCUGCCUCAGUGUGGUACUGUAGAUAAUGAUUAGCUUGAGGUUUGCUUUACUUAAUAUUCUUAAGUGCAGUCAUUGCUGUGCCCACUUCAUCAAAUACACUAUACUGCAAAAAGUAUUGGGACACCCCUCCAAAUCAUUGAAUUCAGGUGUUCCAAUCAUUUCCAUAGCCACAGACCUGUGCCUAAAAUCAAGCACCUAAGCAUGCAGACUGCUUCUACAAGCAUUUGUGAAAGAAUGAGUCGCUCUCAGGAGCUCAGUGAAUUCAAGUGUUGUACCCGUGAUAGGAUGCCACCUGUACAAUAAGUGUAUUAGUGAAAUUUCCUCACUACUAAAACUUCCAUGGUCAACUGUUAGUGGUAUUAUAAUGUGGAAGCAAUGGGGGUCAACAGCAACUCAGCUACAUAGUGGUAGGCCAUGUAAAAUCACAGAGCGGGAACAACACAUGCUGAGGCGCACAGAGUGCAGAAGUCGCCAACUGUCUGCAGGGUCAACAGCUACAGACUUGCAAACUUCAUGUGACCUUCAGAUUAGCUGAAGAACAGUGCGUAGAGUGUUUCAUGGAUUGAU